CAGAUCAUCACGAUAAUAAUCAGAUUCAAAAUCGCACAUUGACCUGCCACUGGGAUCGACUUCGCAAGUCUUCCCAAAGGAAAAUUAACACUUUUCAACGAUUGCAAUCAUGUCAGCCCCUGCACAAGGCCGUGUUUUGCUAGCAUACUCUGGCGGUCUUGAUACCUCAUGCAUCCUGGCGUGGUUGAUCGAGCAAGGCUAUGAAGUUUACGCUUUCAUGGCUGACGUUGGUCAGGAGGAGGACUUUGAAGCGGCUAGAAAGAAGGCACUCAGUGUUGGUGCAAAGAAAUUCUUUUUGGAGGACCUCAAGCGCGAAUUUGUGACCCAGUUGAUUUACCCUGCUGUGCAGGCAAACUGCAUCUACGAGAAUGUAUAUCUACUUGGAACAUCUCUUGCUCGUCCUGUUAUUGCUCGCGGCAUGAUGUCUGUUGCAGCCAAAGAAGGUUGCGACUAUGUCUCACAUGGCUGUACAGGAAAAGGGAAUGAUCAAGUUCGCUUUGAACUUGCCUUCUAUGGUCUCAAGCCCGAUAUCAAGGUCAUUGCGCCUUGGAGGCUUCCUGAGUUCUAUAACCGCUUCCCUGGCCGUCAAGCACUACUUACAUACGCGGAGGAGAAGCAAAUUCCAGUGCAACAGACUGCCGCAAAACCAUGGUCGACCGACGAGAACCUCUUCCAUAUCUCCUAUGAAGCAGGAAUUCUCGAGGACCCGAACACCACACCUCCAGAUGACAUGUGGAAGCUCACUGCGUCUCUCCAGGAUGCACCAGCGGAGCCUGAGCAGCUCUCAAUCGAGUUCAAGGCUGGCCUCCCCGUAAAGGUUGUUAUCGCUAACCAAGCCCCUCUGACCGACCCCGUCGACAUCUUCCUCGCACUCAAUGCUGUCGCGAGGAAGCAUGGUGUUGGCCGUAUCGAUAUUGUCGAAAACCGAUUCAUCGGCGUCAAGUCUCGCGGCUGUUAUGAGUCGCCUGGAGCGACUAUUUUACGUGUCGCACAUAUGGACAUUGAAGGUCUCACGCUCGACCGCAAUGUUCGUGCUCUCCGUGACCAGUUCGUCACUAUCGAACUGGGUCGCAUUCUCUACAAUGGGCACUUCUUCACCCCUGAGCGCGAGUUCGUCACUAGUGCCAUUCCCGCGAGCCAGCGCACCGUCAACGGAACAGUGCGCUUGAAGCUCUACAAGGGCAACGUCGUUGUCAUCGGCCGCUAUUCUGACGAGGGUCUGUACGAUGAGCAUGAAUCCUCCAUGGACGAGCUUGGUGGUUUUGAGCCAACAGAUACUACGGGUUUCAUUCAGAUUGAAAGCAUCCGUAUCAAAAAGUGGGGCCAGGCUAAUGCUCGCAAGGGUCAAGCUGGCGUCGAGCCAGAGGAUGUUUAUGGCUCCCGCAUCUAGUCAAAUGCUCUGUUUCGGAUCUCAAGGACAGAAGGAAAAACUUUCUGAUUGUAAAUAGUGUCCUGCUACUGCGAUACUAGGGCGCCGACAGAUACCUUGCUUGUACUCAAACUUUCAAUGCUUCACGAACAAGCGCAUUGAAUAGCGCAAAUACCCGAAACAUUGUCAGCUCCGUAGUGACAUUCUUUAUAUCCAUCUACCACUCGAAUCAGAGAAGUACGUACUGUGCAGCACUAACAACUUCCUCUCGCUCUGGGGUACAGUGCCUUGCAUAUAAAACUGCGUAGUCGCAUUUCCACAAACCCUAUUUGUACCUAUUUGCUCGGGCCAAAACAUACCGAAAAUACCUGAUUCUUGGUGUGACCAGUCACAGCCUCACUAACAGACUCGUGCCCUCGCUAGAAGGAUUUCCAUCCAGCGAGUGCCGC